UUUAUUCUGAAUCUGUCUCUGUCUUCCUCACUCCCUCCCCCAUCCCACCCCACCUCUCUCUCUAGAUUGUUUACAUAUGAAGGGCUUUUCUUGCUCAGAGUCGCUCUCUUCUCUGAGACACACAAAUCUAAGUCAGACCAUUGCCCCGUGUCUUCCCUGCCUUUUCUUUAGACCUGAACUUCAAUGAGGGUGGGGGUUUGGUGUCCCCAGGAAUCUCCUGGAAGCUGAGUGGAAAGGAAGAAGAAAAUGGAGAAGGGAUGACUGUAUACUGGGCAAGGCACUGGCUGAGCUGCUGUGGCUCCCUGACCCAAGGGGCCUGGUGUCCCUGCGAGGCCUAGUGAAGGAGCUGGAGAAGGUAUAGCCUCCAUCUCUGACCUUGGAGGAGCCUAUCUCACCUCCAAGCGCUGAGCUAGGUUCUUGCCUAACUUUAUCCUUCCCUGAAGGAGAUAAGGGAGACAAAAAGUAGAAUGACUCCCUAAGAUCUCCCUCUUCUUUUCCUCAACCGCCAGCCCCUCAUCCAACCCCCACCCCCACCCCCCGCCCCGGGUGGCAUGCCUUGUCAAGAGCAAUGUGUAAAGGAAAGAAAUCGUCCAAUGCAGUCACGUCUACCCACUGACCUCUCCCAUCCCCUCUCUCCCCCUAAAAGUUUAUUUGGUUGGUCUGGACUCACUUGUGGCCUUUGAUUAGAUUUCUAAGGGGCCUGAAGAAGAUAUUUCUGCCGCAGAGGGUUAGAGGCACUUGAGCUAGGACCCAACUCCCCAACUCUGGCAGUUGUGGAGAGGGGGUGAGAGGGGCGUUUUGGGGGAACACAACCAGCCUAGAUAACAGGAACUCAGAGAGCGGCAGAAGCUGUAACAAGUUUAGUAGUCUCUAAGUGGGUUAUAUCCCUUCCCCCGUCACAUCCGAAUCUUGUGAAAUGGGAAAACAACAGAAAGAGGGAUCAAAGGAAGCCAAUCUCUCACACACUUUCCAGGCAGGGCAGAGGUGGGAGUCAAAGCAGGGUGAGAGGUGGGUGGAGAGCCCUGUUUGAGGUUGUGGCUGAUCCCUGUUAAUAGCUUUCCUCUGGGGGCAGGAAGCCCUAGGAAGAGGGGGACCCCUCUGUAGGGUCCCCAGGGGAUCUUUCCUCCCUCCCCUGCAUGAGGCAGACAAGAGCUGCCUGCCAAUCCCCUCCCUCAAGGAAUGGCCUUGCCUGGGAAUGCCCAUCACACAUACCCUCUUCUUUUUUUCUAGUCAAACUCUGUUUACUCCUUGGCCUGCCUCCCUCCCUCCCCUCUAAACCUUUACUUCUGAUUUCUAUUUCAUGGAAUUUGGGAUUGAAGUUAAACUACAACAGUGCCGCCAACACCAAGUCUUGCAGGAAAAAAAAAAUACAAAGAAAUUUAACAAAAAAAAAUAUAUUAAUAAAAAAGUUCAAAAAAGGGGGGGGAAUUGUCAUCUCCUUUGGGGUGCGAUGGCUUCAAACCCAAGGUCUCCUGAGGCUCUUCGGGUGGUGAGAAUGUACAAAGAGGCCUCUGGGAGAAUCCCAAGUCUGCUAUGCAGUCUUGCCGCCCGAAGAGCUCCUUGCCCUCAACUCCAAAGCCUGAGGCCUGAGGUCAGAGGAUUCUAGACGACUCAGCCGGGCAGCCCAGGAGGGGGGCGGGGUCCCGUGAAGGGGGCGGGAAGAGGGAAGGACCAGGCGAAGGACCAACCCCCGUCGGGCCCCGUACCAGGAAGCGCUGGGGGUAGAGGAGCUGAGUUGAGACCAGCCAGGAUGGUGGUGCCUUCGUCGAAGCUUCAAGAUCUAAUCGAGGAAAUUCGUGGGGCCAAGACCCAAGCCCAGGAGCGGGAGGUGAUCCAGAAGGAGUGCGCCCACAUCCGCGCCUCCUUCCGCGAUGGGGACCCUCUGCACAGGCACCGCCAGCUGGCCAAACUGCUCUACGUCCACAUGUUGGGCUACCCCGCCCACUUUGGACAGAUGGAGUGCCUGAAACUGAUCGCCUCCCCCAGAUUCACAGACAAGAGGGUGGGCUACCUGGGGGCCAUGCUUCUGCUGGAUGAGAGGCAGGAUGCCCACCUGCUCAUUACCAACAGCAUCAAGAAUGACCUGAGCCAGGGGAUUCAGGCAGUACAAGGCCUGGCCCUGUGCACUCUGAGCACUGUGGGCUCUGCUGAGAUGUGCCGGGACCUGGCCACUGAGGUGGAGAAACUGCUCCUGCAGCCAGGACCCUAUGUGCGCAAGAAGGCUGUUCUGACCGCCGUGCACAUUAUCCGGAAGGUCCCUGAGCUCUCCAACAUCUUCCUCCCACCCUGUGCCCAACUGCUUCAUGAACGUCACCACGGCGUCCUGCUGGGCACCAUCACGCUGAUCACGGAGCUCUGUGAACGAAGCCCUGCAGCCCUCAAGCACUUUCGAAAGGUGGUGCCCCAGCUGGUGCAGAUCCUCUGGACUCUGGUGACGACGGGAUACUCCACAGAGCACAGUAUAUCUGGAGUCAGUGACCCCUUUCUGCAGGUCCAGAUACUUCGUCUGCUUCGGAUCCUGGGCCGGAACCAUGAAGAAAGCAGUGAGACCAUGAAUGACUUGCUGGCCCAGGUGGCCACUAACACAGAUACCAGCCGAAAUGCGGGCAACGCAGUCCUAUUUGAGACAGUGCUGACCAUCAUGGACAUCCGCUCUGUAGCCGGCCUCCGGGUCCUGGCUGUCAACAUUCUUGGCCGCUUUCUGCUCAACAGUGACAAGAACAUUAGGUAUGUGGCGCUGACAUCAUUGCUGCGUGUGGUGCAGUCUGACCACAGUGCUGUGCAGCGGCACCGGCCCACUGUGGUGGAGUGUCUGCGGGAGCCUGAUGCCUCCCUUAGCCGGCGGGCCCUGGAACUGAGUCUGGCUCUGGUGAAUAGCUCCAACGUGCGAGCCAUGACGCAAGAGCUGCAGAGCUUUCUGGAAUCCUGCCCCCCUGAUCUGCGGGCCGACUGUGCCUCAGGCAUCCUGCUGGCAGCAGAGAGGUUUGCCCCAACCAAGCGGUGGCAUAUAGAUACCAUCCUGCGUGUGCUGACAAUGGCAGGCACCCAUGUACGGGAUGAUGCAGUGGCCAACCUGACCCAGCUGAUUGGGGGUGCCCAGGAGCUACAUGCCUACUCCGUGCGCCGCCUCUACAGUGCCCUGGCAGAGGACAUAUCCCAACAACCACUGGUGCAAGUGGCAGCCUGGUGCAUUGGAGAAUAUGGGGACCUCCUGCUGGAGGGGAGCUGUGAGGAAACCGAGCCCCUUCAGGUGGAGGAAGAGGAGGUGUUGGCACUGUUGGAGAAGGUGCUGCAGUCCCAUAUGUCCCUGCCAGCCACCAGAGGCUAUGCGCUGACAGCCCUCAUGAAGCUCAGCACCCGGCUCCGUGGGGACAACAACCGCAUCCGCCAGGUGGUGUCUGUCUACGGGAGCUGCCUGGAUGUGGAGCUGCAGCAGCGGGCUGUCGAGUACAACGCACUCUUCCAGAAGUAUGACUACAUGAGGGCUGCCAUCCUGGAAAAGAUGCCUCUUGUGGAGCGAGGUGGUACCCAGGAUGAGGAAGCAAAGGAAAGCAAAGAAGCCCAGCAUUCGGAAGCAGCCGUUAUCCCCACAGAGCCGCAGCCCUGCUCCUUCUGCCCUUUCCCGCAGACCUCCAAGCUCUUGGAUCUAUUAGAUCUCCUGGAUGGCACUUCUGGGGCUGCCCAGCCCCCACCUCCUCUGGAACCCUCCUCAGAAGGCACUUCAGUACACCUCCUUGACCUGCCCUGUGUGUCUCCAGCCCCAGCUUCCAUCCCAAAUCUCAAAGUGUUUGAGCGUGAAGGACUACAGCUGACUCUGUCUUUUGUUCGACCCCCUGGAACCCCGGCUUUGCUCCUAAUCAUGGUCACUGCUAUCAACACCUCAGAGGCUGAUGUCACCCACUUCGUCUGUCAGGCUGCUGUGCCCAAGAGUUUCCAGCUGCAGCUCCAGGCCCCCAGUGGAGACACAGUUCCAGCUCAGGGUGGCCUUCCCAUGACCCAGCUCCUCAGAAUCCUCAACCCUAAGAAGGCCCCCUUGAGGCUGAAGCUGCGCCUCACCUACAACCACUUUGGCCAGUCUGUGCAGGAGAUCUUUGAGGUGAACAACUUGCCCGUGGAGACGUGGCAGUAACACCCUCCAUGCAGUCUGAAAUCCUCCUGAGACCCAACACCCCAGGGUCUCAGCCACUUGGAGCCUGUACCUGACAUCGACCAGCAGGUGGCGAUCUGGUCCUGCAUUUGCCUCUGCAAAAACGGGGCGGGGUAGAGGGUGCUGUCCCUUCACCUCCUACAAAUAAUGAAAGUCCAAUAAAGCCUGAGGGGGAAAGCCGUA